GAAAAAUAGUAUGAAUAUCAUGAUAAUUGAUUGAUGAGAUAUAAAUAUUAGAGACAGCCGAAGACACAGCAGAAGGCAAGCAUAAGACGCAAAUAGAGCAGAGAGAACACAACAGAAGAAAAAAAAGAAUCAGUGGGUAAACAAAAGAGAAACAAAAUCCACAAAUCUAGAGAACAAAAACCGCCUUUAGCAAUAACACACAAACAAAAACUACGUAUAGAUAGUUUUUUUUUGUAUAUUGAGAUCUUGUUCUCUCUUUCUUCUUUUUACUUGAGUGAAAGAAAGAGAGAUCCUUUCCUCCUACAAUGGUGCCCUUGUAGCUUACUAGGGUUUUAUCAGAUCGCAACUUGCGCUUGUUUUGAUCAGAAGGUGUCAUCGAAAAGAAGACCUUAAUUCUCUGGCGUGGGUCUUCGUGAAAUGGGCAAGAGCUCUGGUCUUUCGAGGGGUUCAUAUUCUGGAUUUAAAGCUAUUUUUUUUGAGCAUUUUCCCUUGGAGAUUGCUUAAGAUGGUCUUUAACAUUAAUUCUUUGAGCAUGGAAGAAGAUUGUCUAUUAUUAACUGGGAAUUGUUGAUCAAGAUUGGAGAACCAGUGCAAAGCCAUCUGAGUCUUCAUUUUUUAUGUUUUCUCUGUUUUUUACUUUUCUGGGAGACAAUUUUGGCUUUGGAAUUGACGCUCGCAGAAGAAGCUGAUAGAUUCUUUAUUUGCUCAUAAAGAACUUAGCUUAUCUGAUCUCAGUGGUCUUUUACGUUUUUAAAGCAGCCUUUUUGAAUUGAUAUAGUUAGACUGACACUACUAAAGUAAUUGUAUACUGAUUGGUUGAAUCAUUUGCUUACCUGNUGUGCAUUCUGGAGAUGAACGCAGUGACAUGGUGCAUGGNCAGGAGUAUAGUUGCUGGUUCUGGUUUGCCUCCUUUCUGGAACUGGGCACCUUUUGGAAACUAAUUCAAGUACUCUGUCCAGAAGAAUUUUACGCUAGGCCUAUCUGUGCUUUUGUGCAAUGUCGCGCUGUUUUCCAUUUCCGCCACCAGGAUAUUUAAAGAAGACUAUAACAGAUGAAGUAGGCUUGUUGAAAAAGGAAAAGCAGAAGGAGAGAAAACAUAAGAAAGAUAAGAAAGACAAAGAGAAGAGGGAAACUAAGGAAAAGAGGGACAAAGAAGGAAGAGAUGGAAAGCAUAAAGAAAAGAAGGACAAAAAGGAAAAACACAGAGAGAAGAAGAAAGAUAAGGACAAGGAUAAGAACAAAGACAGAGAUAAAAGUAAAAUCAGUACUGCAGAUGACAAAGGCUUUCCAAGACAAGCUGAGGUCCUCAAUGGUAAUCUCCAUCAAAAUGCAAUUAAGCAAGAUGAUAAGAAGGACAUCAUGUUUGAGAACAGACUCAUCAAACAGUGUACUGGUAGCAAUGGGGAGAAGGCAGGAGAGAAAAUUCAUUUGGCUGAGGAGAACCAGACUUCAAAGUUCCUCCAGGAGUUGAACCGGAGGAUUAGGGAUGAUAAUGGAGGAGCUGACAAUCAAUUUGUUCAUAAAUCUAUUAAUACAAACAAUAGAAAAGAUGAAGGAACUUUUAGGUUGGUGGCUAAAGCCGGUGGCACCUGUUAUGAUGGUAAUGAAAAAUUUGUGGAUAAGGGUCUUGAUGUUAAAAAGAUUGAUGGGAGGGAAAUUCAACCAGAGGUCCGACCUAUUGGAAAUAAACCUGUUCCAAAUCAUGGUGGAAAUUUUCAUCCUAGAGUUGAUGGAAUACCCAAACAUUUGGGAAAGCCUUUUGAAAAGAAUUCUGAAGCAACAGUUGAAGGGAACGAAAGGGUUAAGGAAAAGAAAGAUGAAGAUAAAGAAAUGGCCAGGCGAAAGACAAAAGAAGGAAAGGUUAAGGAAAGGAAAGAUGAAGGAAAUGAAAAGGUUAAGGAUAAAAAAGAUGAUAAAAGAAGAGAUAAAAGGAAAGAUAAAGAGAAGGAGAAGAAAGGGCAUGGGAAGAACAAAGACAGGGAUAAAGAGAAGAAAAAGGACGAGAAAGCUAGGGAGCAUAAUGAACAUAAAACAGCAGACCAAAAUAAAUCAAAAGAAAACAACAAAAUUGGACUUAACGAUUUUGCACAGCUCUCUAGAAACAGCCUUGAGGUCCCUGUUAGAGGGGAAAAUCUCAAAAAACGAAAGGACAUUGACUCAAAUGGAGUUCCACGUGUUGAUGACAGUUUUCCCAGUAAGUUUCCAAAACUGUCUUCCUCUCACUCUUUCACUGAUAAUGGAAGGAUGCUGGAACUUUAUCAAAUUUCCACUCCAGAUUCUUCAUAUAGGCCACAGGAAGACAACUGUGUUAAGGUAGAAAACAAAGAAUGCAAGAUAAAUGGCAUCAUUGAGGCUAAGCCAUUUUCAGCUUCUUCCAAGAAGACUCACACUGCUAUUGUGUCGACUGAUUUGUUAACUGAAGCCUAUUUAAAGCCACCCCAUCCAGAUACCAAGUACCUAGACCAGGUAUAUUCAAUACCUAAGGUGGAUCAUUGGACUGAUUUUGAUGAGGAGUGGUUAUUUGGCGGCAAUCUUCCUGAAAGAAAAUCCAUGAUAAAAUGUUCAGAUGUUGGGGAUACACCACAGGUAUGGGCAGAAGCUCUGCAUAUAGAGCAGGCAGAUGCUUUUGCUCUUCCAUAUGUCAUUCCCUACUGAAUGACGUGAUCAUUAUAUGUGCGCAACGAACAGCUCCUUUGUCACUCUGCAGGAGGAACUGCAGCAUGGGCUGGAAAAUGAUUCCAAAUUUCUUGAUUGUUACUUGCCCGCCAGCAGCUAGCAUUGAUUGGCUGCAUGCUUUAUGCGAUGAUGAUGAUGCAGCUAGGUCAAAAGUGCAGUUGCUCUCGUGUGCAUAUUAGUUAUUCAUUGGGACUUUUUGUACAGGUUGUGAAGAGGGAAGGGGGACAUGUGUGCAACUUGUUAUACUAUUCUUGCUGGGAGAUGAGCUGCUCUUUCUAAUUUAGAAUGAGAAAUUUAAGUGAAACUAGAUGUGAUCUUUUCAAGUCCACCACAAUUUUGAUUUGUAACAUAAAACUCUUAUUCACCAGAAUAAGAAUAUGUAUGAUAGAGGAGGGAUAUGGAUAGAGAAUGGAAACGAAGUAACCGGAUUCAUUUAUUCA